GAUGAGUGCGCUGUUUUGAGCAGGUUUCGGUUUGUGAGCGGAUUGUCCUCGGAGCCAACAUGAGUUACGAUCGGGCGAUCACUGUCUUCUCCCCGGAUGGGCACCUCUUCCAGGUGGAAUAUGCGCAGGAGGCCGUCAAGAAAGGAUCCACAGCCGUUGGCGUUCGUGGCAAGGAGAUUGUGGUUCUGGGAGUGGAAAAGAAAUCGGUAGCGAAGCUCCAGGAUGAGAGGACGGUGCGCAAAAUCUGCGCCUUGGAUGAAAACGUCUUUAUGGCCUUUGCUGGUCUCACAGCUGACGCUCGAAUUGUUAUAAACCGCGCUCGGGUCGAAUGCCAGAGCCACCGGCUGACAGUGGAGGAUCCGGUAACGGUGGAGUACAUUACCCGUUACAUCGCCAGCCUAAAGCAGCGCUACACACAGAGCAACGGACGCCGUCCUUUCGGGAUCUCUGCUCUCAUUGUGGGAUUUGAUUUCGAUGGGACCCCUCGCCUCUACCAGACAGAUCCCUCCGGGACGUACCACGCCUGGAAGGCCAAUGCCAUUGGCAGGGGUGCCAAAUCUGUACGGGAGUUUUUGGAGAAGCACUACACCGACGAAGCCAUCGAGACUGACGACCUGACCAUUAAACUAGUAAUCAAGGCUUUGCUUGAGGUAGUACAGUCCGGAGGUAAAAACAUAGAGCUGGCAGUUAUGAGGAGAGACCAGCCACUCAAGAUACUGAACCCCGAAGAAAUCGAGAGGUACGUCGCCGAAAUCGAGAAAGAGAAGGAGGAGAACGAGAAGAAGAAGCAGAAGAAGACGACAUAACGGCCCUCGUUAUAUUCGCUCGUUAUACAAUAAAUCAUCUUCUUUUCUAAA